AUGGAUUCUCUGAAAAAAAGUCAAUCUGAAAAAUUGAAAACACCUGUCAAACGCACAAUAAAUUUUGAUAACAACACCUCAAAUCAAAAAAUUGAAAAGUUUGGAAACAAUAAAAAAUUUAAACAUGAGAAAGAUGAUCAUAAGAAAUUAUUACAAAUUGCGGCAAAUUUAAAAUCUUUUCGUAAAGAACUUCCUAUUUGGAAAGAACGUGAUCUGAUAAUUGAUAGCAUUCGAAAUAAUGAUACGAUUGUGAUAAUUGGUGAAAUGGGAAGUGGGAAAAGCACGCGUAUGUAUGAAACUGAAAUUCCACAAUUUUUGAUGGAAAUUGGCAUGGCAUCAAAAGGUGGUUGUAUUGCCAUAACCCAACCUAGAAGAGUUGCCGCAAUGAGUUUAGCAAAGCGCGUUGCUCAAGAA